CUGGUGCGAGAGAAUUUUUUUUUAUUUAUUCUUUUGCAAUUAUCUCCCGGCGGAAUUGUGCGUGUGUGUGAGAUGACUAAAGAGGGGCCACAUUCUGUGAAUGUGCUGUAUCAAGGUCAGUGCGCGAAUUGCGAUUUGGCGUACAAACAGCCAAUAUUUUGCCGGUUGAACUCAUACUGACCAGUCAUACUUUGUACUUGUGAGGAGAGCUCUGGGGUAUUGUGUUUGGCCAGGCGAUAAGAUUUACUUGAGUUUCCGUGGGAAAAACGCACCUGGUGUACUCACCUGGAUCACGAUAGCACACCCGCAUAUCAGUUUGUCUAUAAAGGCAAGGUCGGUGGGGAAUUGGUUCAUUGUGUUUUUUGGUGAAAGUGUGAAGCAUGGCGAUGGGAAAGAAGUUCGACAGCCUCACGGAGAUCAUUUUGAUUGACUACCGUUGGGUAUUUGUGUGUUUCUUCCUCCUUCCCAUAUCCUUCAUCUACAACUUCCUCUACUACCUCCGGAGUGAGAUCAUCUUCCGGCUGAGCAGUGCCCCAACAGCCCAUGGGUCCAAAGUCAAGUCAAUCCAGAGGCAAGUUCGCCAAUGGCGAGAGACAGGAAUGUCCACGAAGAUGUGCACAGCUCGUCCUGGAUGGCAAACCAUGAGCUUCCGUAAGCCCAUGUACAAGAAAUCCAUGUUCCAGAUCAAGUGCAAUCUCGUGGAUAUCCUCGAAGUGGACACCAACAAACAAACCGUUCGGGUUGAACCGCUCGUCAACAUGAAGCAACUCUCAGAGACUCUUGGCAGACUCGGCUGGACCAUUCCCAUCGUUCCAGAACUCGAUGACCUCACAGUUGGAGGAUUAGUAAUGGGCACCGGCGUCGAAUCCUCAUCCCACAUCUACGGACUCUUUCAGCACAUUUGCCUAUCCUACGAACUUGUCCUGGCCGAUGGGAGUGUCACUGUUUGCUCCAAGGAUGAAAACAGUGAUCUCUUCUAUGCCAUUCCCUGGAGCUACGGCACUUUGGGUCUCCUAACAGCCGUAGAGAUCAAAAUCAUCCCUGCUACUCGCUUCAUCCGUUUGAAAUACGAACCCGUUAAGGGUUUAAAUGAGAUUGUGGAGACUUUCGACCGAGAGUCCAAGAACAAGGCGAAUCACUUCGUCGAGGGUUUGCAGUACUCCCUGGACGAGGCGGUUAUAAUGACAGGGGUAAUGGUGAAGGAUUCCGAGGUGGAACCGGGAAAAAUUAAUGAGAUCGGAAAGUGGUACAAGACUUGGUUUUUCAAGCAUGUUGAGAAGAUUCUGAAGCGAGGCAAAGACCGCGUGGAGUAUAUCCCGAUUGUGGAUUACUACCACCGGCACUCGAGAUCCUUGUUCUGGGAAUUGCAGGACAUUGUACCAUUUGGCAAUAACAUCCUCUUCAGGUACAUCCUGGGAUGGAUGAUGCCGGUUAAGGUGUCCCUGUUGAAGCUUACCCAAACGGAAGCUGUGAAAAAAUUGUACGAAAAUAAUCACAUCAUCCAGGAUCUCUUGGUUCCAACCCGGACAAUGAAGGAGUGUAUUGAGUUUUUCGAUAAAAGUGUUAAGGUUUAUCCCCUAUGGCUCUGUCCUUUCAAUCUGCCCAAUGAUCCGGGAAUGGUUCAUCCCAAGGAGAAGGAAGAAAUGUACAUUGAUAUCGGGGUUUACGGAGUACCCCAUGUUGAUAACUUCCAUCCAGUUAAGACCACAAGAGCCAUUGAGGAUCUCGUGGAGAAAUGCGAUGGCUUCCAAAUGCUCUACGCUGAUACAUUCCGCACCAAAGAAGAGUUCUACCGGAUGUUUGACCACAAACUCUACAACACAAUGCGGAAGAGACUCACAUGCGAAUCUGCUUUCCCAGAAGUUUAUGAAAAAGUCAACAAAAAUGCUCGAGAUUGAUUUACUGGCUUUAUAACAAAAUAAUUCUGCAGAGCAUCUAAAAUUAUCCUGAAGUACCAAGCAUUUUGUAACAAAAAAAAAACCCAAAAUGAAAAUAAAAAUAUACGGAAUAUCUUUUCUCCAAUUUUUGCAGCACUUGGGGAAAAUUUAUGAAAA